AUGGCCCCCAAGAAAAGCAAGGGGAAUAAGCAACCAAAGAAUAAGAAGGGCAAGAGUCAAGAGGCCUCUGGUACCCAGACACCUCAGCCCGAGCCUGCCGCUAUCGAACAAGAUGAACAACAACUAGAUCAACAAGAGACACCUCAACCUGAGCUAUCUCUCGAAGAACAACAAGAUCAGCCAGCGACCCCCAGUCAGGAACAAGAACCGCAAGAAAUAGACUGGCAAGACCAACAACCAAAGACACCUCAACCAGAGCUUUCAGAACAACAACAAGCACAGCACGACACACAAUUACAAGAAGAACAGCAGCAGCAGCAGCAGCACGGGCAAGAACAUCCACAGCACGAAGCUGCUGCCGAAUCGCAAGUAGCAGAGACAGAGCCCGUAUCUGAAACCGCAGCAGACCCUGCGUUGAAACCAGAGUCGGUGCCACAUCAAGAACCGGAACUGGAGCAACCACCGGUUGUUGUCGAGGAACAGUCAACUGUUCCUCAAACCGAGUCUCAAGCUCAGCCGUCAGUGACGGACGAGGGCUGGUCUGAUCAGCCAGUCAUCUCGGAGCUUGCUGCUAGCCAAGAGCCAGACGUGAACGAUGCACCGAAAAGUCUCGAACAACCACAAGAGUCAGCCUGGGAGGCAAUAGACUCGUCGGAACCCCCGGUGGCAAGGAUAGAAGAGACUUACGAGAACAGUCAAUCUUUGGCUGAACCCAGUGGCACUGCAGCACCCACGGAGGAGAACCCAGUGACAGCACCACAAACACCUUUAGAGCGCACAUUUGUCCCAACAUCUGCAGAGCCCCUAGAGUCUCCUGCGCAAACGGAGGAUCAGUUCGUGGCAGCCCCUGCCUACGCUGACGCCCCCUUCUCCGAAGCAGAGUUCGCUCAACCCAUGCCCGAGACCGACUCCCUUCCCAAGCAAACAACUCCACCUGCUUCCAAGCCCGCUUCUCCUGUUCCCCAAACAGCUUCACCCAUUCCGCCCACUGCAUCACCUGCUGCUGCUACACCACGUGCCCUUUCGCCCGUCGCGCAAGUGGCUCCGCCUGAACAACAGUAUCCCUCACCGAUGGCGGAACAGGAUGCUUUUCCUACACCGCCAGCAGAGUCUCCAGUAUUUCAACCAUCCUCACCCAUGGCGCAAACGAUGUCUCCAGGGUAUAGGACAGCGUCUCCCGUGGCAAAAACAAUUUCUCCCUCUCAGAAGCACAUUUCCCCGGUCGCCAAACCCGCAUCUCCCGUUGCAAAGGUUAGCAGUCCGCUAGCACGGGGGCACAUGUCGCCCGUCAUGUCUCCUCAGUCGGCCCCGCCGCCAAUGGGGCAGAGAGUGCCGUUGCAGGCCAUGCCACCCUAUCCGCCAUCAUAUCAUUCGCCUAUGAUGAGUGCCAACGGCUACUUGCCUCAAUAUGCCUACUUUCAACCGUCUCCUAAUGUGCAUCCCACACCUCGAGGCUCCAUAGACCCAGGCUCAGCAGCAUCUUUCCAGAUGUUGCGCGACCUGGGCUUUGCUAAUGGGCAUGGUCUCAAUGGCAAAGGAGGCACCAUCUCUCCUCCCGAGCAUGAAGAACCAAUCGAGCUUCUUCAGAGAAUUCAGGACGCUAUCCCUGAUAUCGGCCGACUGCUAUCAAGUUACAAGAACACCAAGGGUAAGCUCCAGGCCAGGGAAGCUGAAUUCAAGCAGAUGGAGUCUCAACAUGAGCAAGCUUUGAUGCACAAGGAAUUCUACAUUGAGGCGCUCCAGAAUCAGAUGCGGAAAAACGCGAAUGAGAGUGCCGAAGAGUCCACCAGGCUCAAGAACACAAUCAACGAGCUGCGGAUGGAGCUGGGGAACCUCGAUGAGAAGCAGAAAGACCUUGAAGAGAAGCUGCUUGAGUUUGAGAACUCUAACAAGGAGCUCACCCAAUCCAAGGCCGAGCUUGAGGAUAAGGUUGAAUCGCUCGACACUAGUCUGAAGGAGGCAUACGAGACGUAUGAGCGAGACAUGGACAAAGCCAAGGAGGAGAAAGCGGAAGCCCUUGCAACCCAAAAGCAAGAGUUGACCGAGCUGUUCGAAGAGAUCAAGGCCGAGGAUGAGAAAGCAGCAGCAGAAGCCUUGGCGGCACGCGAACGAGAAUUACUCGAUCAACAAGAGGCAAUGAAGAAUGAAUACGAAAACCAGAAGCAACAGAUGCAGGAAGCACAUGACACUCUGCAGGCUGACUUCGACUCUAAGGUGACUGAGUUGACCUCCACCAAAGAGGAACUGGAGACCAGGACCACCGAGCUCGCCGAUAAGCAGAAGGAACUGGAGGAUACAUGUGAACGACAUGCUCAAGAGCUGGAUGCUACCAACCAGGCGCAUGCUAGCGAAGUCGAGUCUCUUAACAAUAGCCACGCAGAGAAAGUGGCAGAGUUGGAGAAGGACUUUGCGGAUCAGCAGCAGCAAUGGGCGGAUGAGAAGUCUUCCCUCGAGCAACAAAUCGCGGAGAAGACGGAAGCCAUCGAGAACCUCGAGCGCGAGAACAAGAAACUGGAAGAGGAUGUUGCUGUCAAGGAGAAGCAGCUUCAGCACGCUGUGGAGAAUAUGCGCCUGACAAUUGACAAUUUAGACAAAGAUUGCGACAGACUGAGAAAGACCCUGCACAGCCUUGGCGAAGCCACUGACCUCAAGAGCACGAAGGGUGAUUCUUUCUUUUUGGACUGCUUCGGCCAACUCUCUCGUCUUAUUGUCUCCCUGUCCAAGGAGCACUUCUCGUACCUUCCAAUUGAUCCUCCCAAGGACAUCCUAUCCAAGCUUCCACCAGAGCUGCCAUCGUUUCUUGAUAAUACCCCGGCCUCGCGUGAAUUACGAUCCGCUUAUGUUCAACAUGUUGUGUCUAAGACGCUCACUUAUCGGAUCUUCCAACCCUUCCUCUUUACCCUCGGCAGACGUUAUGAUAAGGCGGACACUUUCUUCCAGAUGCUCUCUAUGGACAUCCGACGCAAAUCCGUGCGACGCGAAGCGUUCUGGAGGCAGCAAACGCUGAAGGCAGCCUACACUACAUCGGAUGCGAAGCAAUCUAUUAAUGUGGUCGCUGCGGUCAUUGUCGACGAGAUCAUUGAUCAAUUAAAGCACUUCGCAGACCCCCGGAAUUUGGACGCACUCCUGGUUGGCGUGAGGAAAAUCGUAAAAUUGGCAGCUGAAACGUGGAGACUGGCCCGGGUCGAGCGAGAGCUCAUCUUAGCAUCGCUGCCAGCGCCCGACGCUGACAUUGUUCCAAAUGACGAUUGGGAGGAAUAUGGAAUGCCCAAGGAAGGCACCCUUAGUUUCAAACACGAUCCGACACGUCAUGUUAUCCUCCGAACAUUCCCCCGGAUCACUCGCGAAGCAGCUCAUGAAGAUUUUAUCGGAGAGGAGGAGAAGUCCCAACCCUGCACCUAUUCGCAGGGAUGCGUCCUAUACUCUGACUCUCCUGUGGUGAUGGCCCGGCUGCAGGAGCUGGCCAAAAAGUCCACCGACGCCUUAGCUAGUGGGGACGAAUCCUCCCGCCGUGGCUCGCGGGAGUCUAUCCGUCGUGAAGGGGAUUUGUCUUACCCGAAGAAGAGCAAGGCAAGCAGAGAGGACAUCAAAGGCACACCCGAGAACAUCACAGUAUGA